AACUCCUCCUUGCUAGAAGACAACAACACUGCUAUUUCAUUUGCAAAUUUAAACAUACUAAUCUUUAUCCCCUUGUAUAUCUAUCCCUACAGUUGUACUGUCUUUAAUGAUGUUGAUCACGUCUUCUCCAAAUGUUAUCUUUCAAUAAUUCUGAAAUACUGAUUAGACAUAGUGCAUGUAUAGUAUCUAUGCCCUAUUCGAAAACAAAUGAAUAUAAAAGACUAAAAAAUUGUACUCUCUAAAACUGUACCAACAGGAACGAAGAUUCUACCAAACACCUACAACAUUUGCGACGGUUCAAAAGUCUAUGUUCCUCACGAGCAUGACUGCUCAAAAUUUUACAUGUGCUCCAAUGGAAUUCCUCACGUGAUUACAUGUCCCGCGGGUCUACAUUUUGACGAGAGAAUAAACGUUUGUAAUUGGCCAGCCGAAGUAGUUUGCAGUCAAUCCGCUUAUUCCGACGAUGUAGUCGAGGACCCGUUUUAUGACCAGAACGAACUGAUCGACAGCCCCAUCGUAACUGACGACGUUCCGUUCACUGAAUGGCUGAAGCUUUCAACUACAAGACGCGAUGAAGAUGUCAAAUUUACAGGUACGUCUGAACCAAGGGCUUCACAAUAUCCUGUUGAGGAAAUCGAGAAUAAUAUUCCACCGAGCCCAAGUGCACCUCCUGUGACACCAAGUACUGUUCCACCGCCUACUGAAGAAUCUAACAUAGGAAGUAUUAUCCAGACAAUCGCCUCUCAAAUACUAGAUUACUUCACGGGUGGAGAUGACAGCGAAGAGACUGAUGACGAAGAUGAGGACGUGAAACUUUUACGGAAAAUAGUAACAGAAGAAACAUUGGAUAGAAUCAAAGCCCUUUUGAAAGUGCUGGUGGACGAAGUUAAAGAAAACACAUUAAAAAACCAUCACCCACAAACAGAUGGAAACAUAGAAACAAUGGAGAGCGAUAGUUUACCAGAUGAUAACGUGAGUACCACAUCUGACCAUCUUCCAAAUUAUACGACAAAAUCUGUAGAAAUCCAAAAUUCUUUUCCAGAUAGAGAAGGAACUGAAACAACCUUAACCACAAACAAUCUAUCAACAUCAACUGAAACUAGUGUUAGUACUAUUAAUACUGAAAAUAUUCUACCAACAACAAUUCUGGCGAGCGCUACCCAAACUAGUACCGCUAUCAAUGAUAUUCGUUUAGAAACAUUAAUAGAUUUAAUAGAAUUAAGUCACAGUACUCAAGCUACCAAUACAGUUACUGAUAUAACAUUAGAGAGUGCAGAAUCAGAAAAUAUAAAACAAUCAACGUUAAAUAUUUUUGAAAAUGCUACACCAACAUCAAUGGUAUCAAACACCAUCCAAAACAGUACCAGCCCGGAAACAACCACAACGACCGAAAGUGCUCAACCCUUAAUGACGUCCGAUACCAUUCAAAAUAAUACCAUAAUCACUGACAGUGGUUUAGUAACAACUGUGGUAUUAGAAGAUUCAAGUAACAGAAAGACAUGGGAGACUGAAGAUGUUCCAUCAUUAUUAGCUGUGACAGGCACCACUCAAAAUACUAUUAUAGGUACCGAUAAAGGUUUAAGAACAACAGAAUCAGAAGGUAUAAGUCAAGAUAUGUUACUGACGACUGAAAAUGCUUCUCCAAAAUUAGUGGUGCCAAAUUCCAACCAAAAUAGUGUAGAAACUUCCAAAGAUAAAGCAAAAGAGAACGUAAACCAAAAUAUAUCGCUAAUGGUCGAAACUGCCACUUCAGCAUCAGUAUUGCUAGACACACUUCAAAUCAGUGCUACAACUAUUGACCUUGAGAAUGUUCUACCUAUAGCAACGUCUAUGCCAGAAUAUCAGUGCCCUGUCAUCAUUUAUAAAGUCGAAAAUAACCACAAUUUUACAAUACGCAAGUCACAUCAAUGACAUAUUCUUAAGGUCAAUAACACAAUUAAAAAAGGUUAGAGUUAUGCUACAACAUUAAACAAUGAUUCACCAAAUGAUUUACCAACAACGCGCACGAGUUCAAAUACAAUAACAAUUAGAAGUUGUAAAUUCGGAAAUUUCAAACUGUACCACACCAUUGAAAACUGAACAAGUACCAUCAACAGCAUCUUUAACAGGCAUCAUUUUCUGACGCGGGAAUACCGAAAUAAGUACCUACUAAAUAAAAUUGAAACUACCCCCUAGGUUUAUUAAUGUUUGUUAUUACCAUUUACAUAAACCGUAAUUACAAGAAGAUGAAGAAUUUUAUGAUACAAAAUAUAUUGUAGAUAAAAAUUAAAUACUUUUUUGUUACAUUUAGGUAUGUCAUGUACAAGUAGGUA